CUAGCCUGGGGAGUAUCGGUGCACUGAGCAGAGCGUCUCGAACCCCAGCAGUGCCCGCGACUAUACCACUCGGUACCAUGGACGGGACUCCCCACCGCGCCGCACACCGGCGACUGCAACUGCCCCUGCUGUGCCUCUUCUUCCAGGGCGCCAACGCCAUCCUCUUUGCCAUCUUCGUUCGCUACGACCACGAAACCGAUGCUGCCCUCUGGCACUGGGGCAACCACAGUAACGCGGACCAUGAAUUUUAUUUUCGCUACCCAAGUUUCCAGGACGUGCACACCAUGGUCUUCGUGGGCUUUGGCUUCCUCAUGGUCUUCCUGCAGCGCUAUGGCUUCAGCAGCGUGGGCUUCACCUUCCUCCUGGCUGCCUUUGCCCUGCAGUGGUCCACACUGGUCCAGGGUUUCCUCCACUCAUUCUACGGUGGCCACAUCCAUGUUGGCAUGGAGAGCAUGAUCAACUCUGACUUCUGCGCUGGGGCCGUGCUCAUCUCCUUUGGCGCUGUCCUGGGCAAGACCGGGCCUGUGCAGCUGUUGCUCAUGGCCCUGUUUGAGGUGGUGCUGUUUGGCAUCAACGAGUUUGUGCUUCUCAAUCUCCUGGGGGUGAGAGAUGCUGGCGGCUCCAUGACCAUCCACACGUUCGGUGCCUACUUCGGGCUGGUCCUCUCCCGGGUCUUCUACAGGCCCCGGCUGGAGAAGAGCAAGCACCGCCAGAGCUCCAUCUACCAUUCAGACCUUCUUGCUAUGAUUGGGACCAUCUUCCUGUGGAUCUUCUGGCCUAGCUUCAAUUCUGCACUCACAUCGCUAGGGGACACGCAGCACCGGACAGCCCUCAAUACCUACUACUCUUUGACCGCCAGCACGCUCAGCACCUUCGCCCUGUCAGCACUUGUCAGUGGGGAUGGGCGGCUCCACAUGGUCCAUAUCCAGAAUGCAGCACUGGCUGGAGGAGUUGUUGUGGGGACAGCAGGUGAAAUGAUGCUCACACCCUUUGGGGCUCUGGCAGCUGGCUUCUUGGCUGGGACAGUCUCCACACUGGGGUACAAGUUCUUCACGCCCUGCCUGGAGUCCAAAUUCAAGGUCCAAGACACUUGUGGUGUCCACAACCUCCAUGGGAUGCCAGGGAUCCUAGGGGCCCUCCUGGGGGUCCUUAUGACUGCACUGACCACCCACGAAGCUUACGGAGAUGGCCUGGAGGACGUGUUUCCACUCAUAGCCAAUGGUCAGCGCAGCGCCACGUCACAGACCAUGCACCAGCUCUUUGGGCUGUUUGUCACACUGGUGUUUGCUUUUGUGGGCGGGAGUCUUGUUGGGCUCCUGUUGAGGCUGCCCUUCCUGGACUCACCCCCAGACUCCCAAUGCUAUGAGGACCAGAUUUACUGGGAGGUACCAGGUGAGCAUGAGGAUGUAACCCAGCGACCCCUGAACAUGGAGGAGCCAGACACUCAGGCCUAAUGUGCUGCUGGCGGUGCACAGGACAGCUGCUUUUAGAAGGUGGUGGGGAGCCACCGCUCAGCUGUGGAGCGCUUGCCUAGCAUGUGGCAGGAGCUGGGUUUGAUCCCCAGUAUUGCAGCAAGACGAUGAUGUUUGGCUUCUCCUACUGGAAAGCCCUUCUUAGCUCCCUCUUCUGUUUCAAGGAAGAAGCUAUGAGCCAGAGGAAGCCACCUGUCCCUAAAAGACACCUUCCCCUAUGGGAAAAGGGUGGAGGACAGGGUUGUGCUUGCUCAACCAGCCACACAUGUGGCUAGAAGGGGCUUCAGUGAAGUGCCAGGGGACCGCCCAUCCACAGGCUCCACUUCCCAGGUACAGUGGAGCCUGAGGCAGGCCCAGCUGUGUAGGAGUGAUAAACACCACGAUCACCAAGGGUUCUGAUUGCUUUUAUUUGUGCCCUGGGAACAGGAGCUGUUCUUCACUCUAACUCACAAUAUUAAACCUCAGGGCAAAAAAGGGUGCAAGUGGUGACAAAAUCCUCCCUCCCUGGGUCCCUUGACGUCCCUUUAAGAUGCCAUGUUCCACCAGAUGGGUCCUCUCCAGGGACAGGGGGCCCAUUCCUUCACAGAAAUCCAGGAUUGUCUUCCUAGUUCCCAUCACUCUGGCCUUCAGUUGGGGCAGCCUCUGAGCAGAGCA